AGUGGAACCUCAACCCAAGACAUUAUCAUGAUAGAGUCUGAAGAUGCAGAGGCUGCAGGUCUUGGGGUCAAGCAGGAGAUGACCAAAGGAGAGCACCCACGACACAGCAGAGACAACCAGACUGGAGCGCCCCCUGUAGCCACAGAGGAUCUCAACACUGCCACCACUCUCCACGCCAGGACCCAACACAGCAUCACGGAGGAGGAGGAGGGUCCAGAGGUGCUGCUGGUGAAGGAGGAGGGGUGUGAAGAGGGUCUGGGGAACCCUGAGGGGACCAUGGUCAUGGAGGACAACCAGACUACACCUCCUUCUGAACCCAUAGAGGAACCAGCUGAGGAGCACAGGACCACACACAGUCUCACUGAGUCAGUAGACAUGGAGGAUGGGAAGCCUGAUCUGCUGCUGGUCAAAGAGGAGACAGUAGAAGACGGACCAGAGAGUGUUUGGUUGGAAGCUAACAGAGGCGACUGGGCUGCCAUCUUAGAUUCCCAGACCCAGAGUGGUGCAGCCAUGGGCCCAGGGGAUGACAUCACUGAGCAGGCCAAGACCAGAGGCAACAUUGUGGAAUCUGCAGUCCGUGAGGACCUGCGGAUAUCCGGUGUUGCUGGCGGGAGAGACUGGACCUGUGAAGCGGCUAGUCACAAACCUGGCCCCGGAGCCGUUGCUCUUCCUUCCCGAGUCAGAACCAGGACACAACCGCAAGGGACAGAGACUCCACCACCACACUGA